AUGCGAGCACUUGUGGUGUUUUGCUUAGCUGCGGUGGUGGUGGCGGUGUACGCCAGGGAUGUGCGAUACAAGAGGGAGGCUGACCUAGAGGCUGCGGCCUCCAACCACUGGGAGAAGGGCGGCGGCCAGGAGCACCACGGGCAUCAUCACCACGAGCACGGAGGCCACGGCGAAAAAGGAUACAAGGGAUUCCACGAGCACGAUCACGGCAAAAAGGGACACUCCCACCAUGAAGGACACAAGGGCCACUACGGCGAACACGGCGGACACAAGAAGCAUCAUCACCACGACGACGGCUACUACGACGAGCAUAACCACGGUGAGAAGGGCGAGAAAGGACACGGCUUCGAGGAGAAGGGACAUUACCACAAGGGUCACUCCACCAAGGGCCAUCACGGUGUCCAUAAAAUAGACGAGUUCAAGAAGGACAAGCACUUCCACGACAAGCACGGAGAGUCUGGAUUCGAAGAGGGAUACGGUGGUCACCAUCACGAGGGCGGAUACAAGAAGGGUGGUGAGUUCCACAAGGGCCACAAGGAUGGCGGAUUCCACGAGCACGAGCACGGUGAGAAGGGCUUCCAUGAGAAGGGAGGCCACCACCACGACCACAAGGGGCACCACGACGAGGGCGGCCACGACGAGCACUGGGGCCACCACGAGGGCCACGGCAGCAAGGGCGGCCACGAGGACCACAAAGACUGGGGCUUUAAGAAGGGUCAUAAAUAA